AUGAAGAUUUUCUCGAUCCUUCUCAUUUCCUUCCUCGUCCUUGACGUUUUCUCCCAAGAAUUUUUUGGAAUGAUGCCUGACCGUAGCUGUGAAAGAGACUCGGAUUGUAUUGACUCCAACUUGUGCAGUGCCGGCGAAUGCCAUCCGAUUUCUUCAUUCCGUAAAUGUUCAAAGAUUGCUGGAAUUGACUACUGUGGAAGGGAGUACUUAUGUAGGAGCGGAGUUUGCCGGUACAUUCGAGAUAUCUUCCCACCACCAAAGCACUCGUUCGUUCCAAUGACAUGCACACAUCCACUCGAAUGUCCAGAUAACAGGAAAUGCGUCAACGGACAGUGUGUUUGA